GAAAAUAUAAACAUGAAAAAUGGCGGAUGAAGACGAAAUUGACAUUCUUGGAGAUUUUUCAUUUAAUUCUUGUUUGGCCCAAAACAAUCAGGGAAUCCCUUCCUGUUCAGAUAGGGAAGACACGGUGCAUCCUCAAUGGUUGCUUGACUCAACUGCUACAAAUUGGUAUGAUAACCAAAAUAAAAACAAUAGUAGGACCAAAGAUGGACCUUUGCGGAAGUUGUCAGGAAAUAAUUCAACAAAGAUAAAACUUGUAGAAACAGAAACUUCAUGGAGUCAAGAAGAGAGAGACAUUCUUAAUAAAGAAAUGGAAAAAUAUGGUCAAAACAGUCAUAAAAUAGCUGAAUCUCUGAAAUCAAAGUCUGUAGCGGAAAUACAAGCAUUGAUUGAAGUUGAACAUGGAGUUAACCUGAAGACACAAGCAAUAGGAAUAUUUAAGCCCGAGGAUUACAAUAUACCAGUUGUACAAGAAGAAGUCAUUUUGGAUGAUAUAAUAACUAUUCAAGACACUAUACAUAUGGUAUCAACAGCACUUCCAACAAUACCAGUUGCAAAGAAAGGAACCAAAAAGAAAUCUUAUGUAAAAUCAUCAAAAAGCCUAUUAAAACCUAAUAUCUUAGAUUCUAAAGAACCAGUUCUAGUUGCAAUAAAUCCAUCAGAAAUAUUCUAUGAUGAUGAUAUAAAUAUUGGUUCAACUGAAUAUGUCGGUACAGAUAUUGAUGCAGGUGAUGCUGUUUUAAGAAAUUUAGCAAAGCAACAUAAAGAAAGGGUGAAGGGUGGAAAGAAAAUAGGUAACCAUAGAAGGAAAGUUUCCAGGAAUUAUGAUAAAUCUAAAAGUAAGGACUUAUUGAAGUCACCACAAGGUAGACAAAGGAUAGACUCUGGGGUGUCUGAGGAUGCAAAGAGUCCUAAGAUGCAGAUUGUCUUGGGUUCAGGACAAGCUUUGCCUGUUUCGGAAGGCGAACAAGUUAUUAAAAUUGAGAAAAAGAAAGAUUCGGAGCCCGAGAGUGAUAUAGAGAUAGAUAUUGACAGUGACACAGACAAUAUGAAAGAAGUAAACAGGAUUUAUCAUACAAAUAAUUCCGCAGAAUUAUGUGAAGAUAGAUUAAGAUUAAUUAAAGAGGAUACGCCAGUAGCUGUCCCAUUAAGAAAAUUUGAACCGAUGCCAAAAAGGAGGAAAAGAAUUAAUUUGGAUGGUGGGGGAGGUUGUACAAUAAUGCAUACGGCAGCGGGAGAUCUAUACGAGGUGGCGCCGGAGCCGCGCCGCGAGCGCCCGCCCCGCAAGCCGCCCAUACAUCUGAUAAGAUGUCGCGUUUACAAUGAUGACAAACCGGCGCCGUGCACAGUGUCGCUAAACGUGUCAGCACUGAUCGCGAUGGACGCGCACGCGCACACGUCGCGCGGUGAGGUGAUGGGGCUGCUGGGAGGCGUGGCUUGUGCAGCCCCGCCCCCCGCUCCGCCUCGCCUUUUAGUAGCCGCCUACUGCCGCGCUGCUGCAGCCAACGCGCGCACUCACUGCGAUAUGGAUCCCGUGUCCCAGUCUGUGGCAGCGGAGGCACUACGCGGGCGCGGGUUGGAGGUGUGCGGGUGGCAUCACUCGCACCCCGCCUUCCCCUCAGCGCCAUCCGCCCUCGACCUGCGCUCGCAGCGCGCCCUGCAGGCGGCCCUCGAGCGCGCCCCGCCCCACCCGCACGCCCCGCAUACGCCCUUCCUCGCUCUCAUCACCUCGCAGCACUGGCCGCCGGGGCGAGAUGCAUCGCAGUACACAUGUUUCCGCGUAGAAGAAGAUGGUGAUAGCAAAGAGGACGACACUCCGGCGGGUUAUCAGUUAAGUGUGCGCGUGGAGGCGGAUGUGUGCGUAGGCGACGUGCCGCGUGUUUUACGCGAGCUACACGCGCUGCGACAUGCGCACACACGCGACGACGCCCUCGCUGUUGUUAUGGCGCGGGACGUGUGCCCGCACGCCGGUAUCACUUACUUAGAUAAGUUAAUUUCAAGUGUGUCGCGGCACCUGCGCUCUGCGGGCUACAGCGACGAAGACGCGGUGACGACGCGGCUGCUGCGCGGCAUACGCGAGGUCUUUAGAUGACCUGACGACUUUAAGUUGUAUAAUUGUGCCUAACUGUGAUCAUAUUUAUUACAAUAUACAUUUAAGUUAGCUGUAAAUCUGGUGCAAAAUAACUCCUUUAGCAAUAAUUAAAUUACGAUAUAACCAUAGCCUUUAUUUAAUAUAUUUAAAUCUAAUUAUAGCACAAUAAGUGUGCCUUAUGUUUUGUGUUUAACA